AUGAAGGCCGCUGCAUUUUUCUCCUUGGGGCUCUGCGCCGUGUUUGGUGCUGCCCAAAACCUGGAUGAUAUUCCUCAGUGUGGGCGCAUGUGCAUUCAAAAUAUGCUCAACAAGGCCGCUGAACUCGGUUGCGCCGCCAACGACAUCGCAUGCCUUUGCAGCAACCGCGACUUUGGCAACGGUAUCCAUGACUGCACCCAGCAGGCCUGUCGAGACGAUAAUCUUGACCAGAUUAUUGCUGCUGGUCGAGCGCUGUGUCCCAAUAAUGAAUCAGACACCACCUCUGGCGCCCCUGCCACAACUCAGACUAUCGUGACUUCGUCUGGAACUGGAUCUGCGACCCUUACUGAGACUAUUAGCGAUACCGUGGUAACCUCGUCGUCUCCGUACAGCACUGCCCCGGUGGUCUCUACGGUCACAGACGGUUCCCAGACGAUGGAAACCACUGUCGGCUCUACCACUCUUUUCACCGAGGUCACCGGCUCCGGAUCUGUCACUGAAACCCCGUCUCCCACUACGGUCACCUCUGAAUUCACUAGCACGCUGACCUCUGGAUCCAACACCGAGACAGUCACCGGUACCACCACGGAAACCCAGACUAACAAUCCGACUACGACUUCUGAAGGAGCCGCUGGUCGCGUCAUGGCAACCGCCGGGCCCGGUGUCGCUGGAGCACUCGGCCUCAUGGCUCUUUUCGUCAUGUAA